AUGGUCCAAGCCAUAGCGACAGCAGCAGCACUGCUACUCCUCGCAUCAACAGCAUCAGCAUCUCCACGAACCAGACGAGCCACUCUCCCAGACCUCAACCCCGUCAUCGCAACCGACUUCCCCGACCCCUCCAUCAUCCGCGUAAACACCACCUGGUACGCCUUCGCCUCCCAAUCCGCCUUCGACUUUAAAAAUAUCAAAGUCCAACUCGCCACCUCCCCCGACUUCCAAACCUGGUCCCUCUCCCCCCUCGACGCCCUCAGCGCCGCCCUGCCCCCCUGGGUCGAUGCCCCCGCUGGCGGAACUUGGGCACCCUCCGUGAGUCGCCGGCAAGAUGGGAAGUUUCUAAUGUACUACUCCGCCGUAACCAACACAGGCGGCGGUGGUCGCUUCCAUUGUGUCGGCGCCGCUGUGGCGGAUGAGGUCAUGGGGCCGUAUGAGAGUAAUUCUGAUGAGCCAUUCGCGUGUCCCGUCGAGAAGGGCGGCGCCCUCGACGCCUCGGCUUUCAUCGACCCGGUGGAUGGAGGGAACUAUGUCCUCUACAAAAUCGACGCAAACGCCCUCGGACACGGCGGGACGUGCGGCAACACCGUCCCGCCCAUCCUCAGCACGCCGAUCAUGAUUCAGCGCGUCGACGCCUCCGAUGGAGUCACCAAGAUAGGAGACCCUGUGGAAAUUCUAACGAAUACGGACCUCGACGGACCGCUCGUUGAGGCACCGUAUAUGACUCGCACGAAAGAGGGGUUGUAUGUGUUGUUCUUUAGCAGUAAUUGCUGGACGACGGAAUUGUAUGAUGUGAGUUAUGCGGUUAGUGAGAGUCCGUUGGGGCCGUUUAGGAAGACGAUGGUGCCGCUGGCUGUGACGGGGACGAGGGGGAUGAUUGGGCCUGGGGGUGCGAGUGUGGCGGGUGAUGGUGAGGGUGGGGAUGAGGGGUAUUUUGCGUUGCAUGGGUAUGCGAGGAGGGAUGAUGUUGGGGGAAGGAGGGCGAUGUUUGUGGGGAGGGUGGGGUAUGGGGAUGGGGGUGUUGAGUGGGUGUAG